UGAAAUAAAUAUGGCAGACGAAGUUGUGUUUGAGUAUCUGCACAUGGAAAUGAUAAACUAUUUAUACAGAACUGCGGAGAAGAUUGAACACGAUCAUUGCAUAUCCAAAUUAGAGUCAUUGGGAUUCCGUGUAGGCCAGAGUCUCAGCGAAAGGUUCACAAAAGACUGUUCCAGAUUCAAAGAUGAGCUUGAUACAAUGAAGUUCAUAUGUAAAGACUUUUGGAAUUCAGUUUAUAAGAAACAAGUAGACAAUCUGAGGACAAAUCACCAGGGUGUGUAUGUUCUUCAAGACAACAAAUUCAGAUUCCUUACCCAGAUAUCUAGUGGAAAACAGUAUAUGGAUGCAGCACCAAAGUACUUAGCCUUCCCAUGUGGGAUGAUAAGAGGAGCCUUGUCAAACCUAGGAAUAAACUGUGUGGUGACCGCUGAAGUCAGUGCAAUGCCAGCAUGUAAAUUUCAGAUACAGAUACAAAGAAUUUGAGACUCAACAACACCUUAUUAUUUUAAUUUGUGAUGAACAUGUUAUUGUUGGUAUUAAUAAUGAACAACUUCCAGACUCUUUUACAGUGUACAAAGGUUUAACUGUAUAUACUGUAUUACUGUAUAACAAGAAAUCUUCAUGUGUAUAUACUGUAUUACUGUAUAACAAGAAAUCUUCAUGUGUACUUUUUUUUGUGGUCUGGUGCUUUCAGAUUAUUUUGUGUGUACAAACUUCGGUGGUUAGCCCAUGCAACAUUAAUACAACAAUAAUGCAUAAAAAAUGUUCAUUGUGCAUUUGUAUUUGUAUUUGUGGUUCCAUAGCAACCAUGAAAGCAAAACAAGUCUAUACUCAAUGAAAGUGUCAUGUUAUACAGUAGUACGAAACCCACUGUUAAAUUUGGGUCCAUUCUAUAAAUGUCUCUUUAUAUAAAUAUUGGUACCUGGUUCUCCUGGUACAAUACAGAAAAUUGUGUGCUGCUAGAGUUCAGAUCGUGAAGUAUUUCAUUACUGAUAAUGAUGAUUAUUUGUGUCCCCAUGGUAUGGAAUAGUGUUCCCAUUUUUCUACUUGUACACUUUUUAACAGAUUAAGCCUUUCUGCAAAAGUGUGAAGCAAAUAUGGCCAGAAUGGUAGAGACCAGUCUUAUUUUUAGUACUCGUUAAUAUUAAGACCAGUCUAAUAAGUCUAACCAGUCUAACCAGUGAGCACUGGUUUGAUAUUAACAUUUUAGGUAGGAUUUUAUUUAAUCAUGUAUGUUUGAAUGUCUUAGAUAAAUAUUGUAUAAUUCUUAACAAAUGUCAAAUGUAGUAAAAUAUAUUGACACGUGUCUAGAUCAAACAUCAGUUCAACUUGCACUGUGUUCUGGUUCCCAAAAAAACAUUCCAAAAACACAUACUAAAGUCAUAUAUAGAUGAUGGGACCUAAUUGUAAAUCAAGUGUUUCAUUUCAAUGCUGUAAAUGUGGAACUAUUCAUCAAAUAGUCAUGAACUACAAGUAUUAUACAUCAUGAAAGAUACAAAGCAAGUCAAGUCAAUAUUCUUUAUUUCCAUGUCAUAUACAAAUGUAUCAUAAUUUCUUUGAAGUAAACAGCAAAUUUAUGCAGAUAUCUAAUUAUAACUGGGUUUAAAAAGUGAGAUAUUUAACAGAUACCCUGGACAGUUAAUGAUAUGUAAUAAUCAAGUUUUUUAAAAAGUUAAUACCAUGUACAUUAAAUAUUUCUAAGAAAUAAUAGAUAAGUCAAUGAUAAUAUUUCCGUCUAGUUUUACUUCCUAAUGCAAUUGACUUUUUCUAGGUUUGAGCAAGUCUGCUCAAUGUGCAACACCUAGUAAUUCAGAAGUUGAAAUACUGUCGUAAAUAUACUCAUAAAAAAUAAAAUGAUCACAUAUGCAUGCUAUCUAUAAAACAAAAAUAGAAAAAAAAAUUAUGUUAGAUCAAAAUCAUGGGAAGACAGCUCUAAUGAAAUAGUAUCAGAUUGAUCCCUGGGUAUCAAAAAAAAUGAUAAUGUCAAAAUACUUAGUGAAACAGGACUAUCAAAGUGAUAUACAUCUAUUAAUCACACAGACUGCUACGUCUUCUCAACAAGUGAUUUGCCUGUGGAAUUAGCAUAUCCUCAUAGGUCAUGCGAUUGCCAUGAGAUCAUGCAUAGAGUACAAUUGGAUUGCACUCAAUUUGGAUUGAAUUGCAAGUCGAAUCGAAAUGUAUGUACUUGUGUAACCUUUAGUCUACACUCAAAUGUUGUUUGAAAAAAAUGGUAUCUGAAAAAUACUAAUGCUUUCAUGUGUAUUAUGAUUGAUAAUAACUUUGUUGGACUUUGUGCCAGUCAAAGUUUUAUCUGAAUGUCUGAUGUGUUUCCUCUUACACCAAACCUUUCUGUCGCACUGUGAGAGAUUUGUUUGGGCCUAUACCCGACAUUUACCUCAAAAUAUCUUAAUUCUAGUGCAGUGGUCAGAGGAACGUCAGUUUACACUGUGGAAAUGACAUUGCUAUCUAGUCCAGAGAUAGUUAUCUUAGAAUUUCAGUAUUUGGUCAGCGUAAGUAAGGCAUUGUGUCUACACAAAUUGAAAUGAUUUUUGAUACAAUGAAAUUAUAGCAUUAAUGUACUACUUUUGAAUUCCUUAAAACUCACAGGUAGCUUAUUGUUAAUUUAUCUGUUGAUGAUUGGGAUAAAAACAAUAAGUGAUACCUGUCUGACCAGAACUGAUUGAGGUUGUCAUAAGAAAAAAACUGAUAGUGUUGAACCAGUAAAUGUACAUGAUGCAAUGUAUCAUUGAGUUGAAUCAGUUAUUACGUGUUACCGAUGUGUAAUGAAUACAAAAUAUUGCGUAUGAGGAAGUGAUAUAUUUAUGUUUGAAUGUUAGAAGCUUUGAUUGUGAUAUUCAGGAAGAAAGAUGUAAUUAUUGGAAUGUCUGAAUUAGUAAGUAAAAGAAACAUGUAUGAAAUGUGCAAUAAAUAUGACUGAAGUGUA